AUGACGAAAAUAAAGGCCGAGAGGGAUAUCGCGGUGAAACGGUUGCAGAAGUUCGAAUCGGAACGGUCGAGCCUGGAGCAGCAGCUGAAGCAAGCGCUCGCUACGACGAGUAAUCGGGAGCACGAAUUAUUUACAUUGCGGAAGCAGCAAAUCGAUAAACAGCAACAGGUUGAUGUACUGUUGCGCGAGAAAAACAUUCUGGCGCGCACCAAGGAGACAUUGAGCGAACAUAUCAAGAAGCAGCAACACGAGCUCGUGGUGUAUGAGUACAGCAGACGGAAGAUCGAGCACGAGCUUGACAGCGUGACGCAGAAUGUCGACGAGAUACAGAAAGAAAUGUCUAUUGUGGAGAAAGAGAGAGACAAACAUAGCUUUGUGGCACAGGAUUUGGCGCUUCAAGUCGAGAACUACCUAAGUGAGGUCAAGCUGAAGCAGGUCGAGAUCUCCAGUUACAAGAAACGGUUAGCUGAGUCCGAGACCAAGUACCGGCAGCUGCAAACCUUGUUCGAGUCGGUACGCACGGAGAGGAACUCGCUGAAUAAAAGCUUGACGGAGGUACAGGACGAGGUGCAGGAGCUUAAGCACAAGCUGAAAGUAGUUAACCAUCAGACCGAACAGCUGAAAGAGGAUAUCGUGACCAAAGAAGCCAAUCUGAUCAAAGAGGAGUUCCUCCGUGGCAGGGUGGAGAAAGAGAAAGAGGGUUUGAAGGUCGAGCUGGAAUCCACCCGCAAAGAGGUGUCCGAGCUGAGGCACGAGAUCGAGGAGAUGAAGCAGGAGGAGAAGAGUUUGAAGCUGGUGAUCCAGAGGGCCGAGGCGGAUAUUGGACGUCACAAGAAGGACAUUGACAACGUCAUGAACGAGAGGGAUAUUCUGGGCACGCAAUUGGUCAGACGGAACGACGAGCUGAGCCUUCAGUACAGCAGAAUCAAAGUGCUGCACGGGACGCUGCAGCGAGGCGAGGCGCAGUAUAACCAGAGAUUGGAGGACAUCAGACUUUUGAAGCUCGAGGUGAAGAACCUCAGAACAGAGAAGACGCUGCUAACCAAGAACAUUAACAACAUGAGCGACCUACGGCAGGAAGUGUUCCAUUUGAACAGAGACCUGACCAGGGAGAGGCUGAAGGUUAUGGCGCUGGAAGAGGAGGUGCAGACCCCGUUGAAUAUUCACAGGUGGAGGAAACUCGAGGGCUCUGAUCCGUCUACUUAUGAACUGCUAAAGAAAAUCCAAAUUCUGCAAAAACGUGUUUUAAAAAUGGCCUCGGAUGCGAUCGACAAAGAGAAGAAAAUAAAAGAUACCGAAAAAUUGUACAUGAACCUUCGUGAGAUAUUGUCAAAAUAUCCAGGACCUCAGGUUACCAUCUCCUUGAACAAAACUCAGAAAGCAUUGCGCGAAAGAGGACAGAAAAUGAAGUGUCUGCUUGCGGAGCUGAGCAUGUACGAAGUCCAAAUCGACGGGUACCGGGUCGAUGUGGACAGGAUGGCCGGCGAGAUGGGCGAGCUGAAGAAGAAAUACUACACGCAAAAGAGGCUACUCCAGAAAUCGAGGGAAUCGAAACCGAAAUCGAUGAGCGAACCGUUGCUGCCGCUCAUGAGCCAGAGCACAAAACGUUUCUGUGGCGGUGGCUUCAACAUGGCGACCCCCACCCCCAGGAACUGCUUCACUGCGGACAACGUCUGCAGAUAA